AUGUCUUUUUGAUGAGCGCAUUUUGUAAAGAGUUAAUUACCGUGGAAUAUUCUUGAUGCCGAGGUUUCAGCGUAAGUGCGUAGCAAAUGCCUGAAAACAAGAGCGGUAGAACUUUGUCCGCGUUCAUCCGGGGGCUUUGACGUUAUCAUUUCACAACCAAGAUCCGGAAGUAGGCAGACAGCAACAGCACGCAAAGAUAGGUAUAUAAAGACCCGGCCUUCUGCAUCUCCUGAAACUUGACAAGAGACAAGCUUCAUACUACGAACAUACAUCACCUACUCCGUUCCCACCACGCAUACGGAGUACCGUCUACAGAAUACGCUCACAAGAACACAAUGGCUACCGCCCUCGUUGUUGGCUGCACCGGCCUCAUUGGAUCCCAUAUCCUCUCGAUUCUUCGCGCCGGCGGCAGUCCAUCGCAAUACACCAGCCUCGACACCAUCGCCCGCCGCUCACUCCCAGCCCCGGCCGAGUCUGGUGUCGUCCCCGUGAACGAGGUGCUUGAAAAAGACACCACCAAAUGGGGCGAGCACAUUUCCGCACUCUCUCCUCCCCCAGCGGCCGUCUUUUACGCACUGGGCACGACUCGAGCGGCAGUGGGCGGCUUCGAGAACCAAAACAAGAUCGAACACGAGAUGAACCUCCAGGUCGCAAAGGCUGCCAAAGAAGCGGGGACAAAGACGUACGUGCUCAUCAGUAGCACGGGGGCCAGCGCAGGCUCCAUGUUCGGAUACCCCAAGAUGAAGGGCGAGAUCGAAGACAUCGUCAAGGCUCUCGAGUUCGAACACACAAUCAUCGUCCGCCCGGGUCUCAUCGUCGGCGAACGUGAACAGAGCAGAGGUGUCUUCGAGGCCGGCCUGAGAUCUUUCGCGAAUGGACUGGGACAUCUACACAGCUCCUUCAAGGAUUCCUGGGCUCAAGACGCAGAGACGAUUGCAAGAGCCGCCGUCGCCGCUGCAGCCGAGGUCGAGAAAGGUGAGGUCAAGGAAAAAGUUUGGAUCCUCGCACAAAAAGACGUGGUCCGUCUGGGAAAGACGGACUGGAAGGCAUGAAAAUCUUGUGUGAGUACGACUAGUAUUGGUUUCACGAAGGGGAGUUUGUUUUUGGGACUUUUUUUCCGCGGCCUGUGAUACCCCAGUUUUUGAAUAUCUCAUGUAACCUACAACUAAUGUCCUGAUACAUAACUGUCGACUUGGUUUUUUUUUCCGCCAACGAGAAUGAUAUUGGAAAACAUAUGUACAAGGACCCCCCCCCCAAAGUUUUAGCCCGUGCAGCAAACAAUCACACACUCUGUUCUCCUUUACCGGCCUCACCACCCCCGGCUCGUCCACCUCCUCCCUCGGACAUCUUCUUCUUGGACCCACCCUGCUCUUCCGCCGUCGGCUGGCUGAGGUCCGGGUUGGCGGGGCUAGAGUCCAAAGGGUUGACCUGGUUCCCUUCUCCGGCCUUCUUUCGAGCCUCUUCCGGGUCGGUGAUGUUGGGAUCGAAAGCCGCCUCUUCGUUCGCCGCCGUGGUGUCGUCGGUGCUCGACUUGGCGUACUCGUUCGCCUCUGGGUUCAUCUUUUCCCGGUCCAACUGUGCAUCUCGCUGAGGGUGUGGAUGACGAUCAGGAUCUUGACCUGACGCGAAUCCAUAUGGGGCGGUUGUGGAUAGCGGUCGAGCGUUUGCUCUGCUUCUUAUCGUUUGAGAGGAAGGAAGGGAUAAUCUCGAGGACCUGAAGCCCCUUGAAUAUCGGAGGAGUGAUGAGAAGGGUGUCAUCGUACUCGUGGUAGACUGUGAGUUCUGUGUGAUUCCGGUAGGUAAGGAGGUAAAGAUAUACGGAGUAGUGCUCGAUAGGAGCACCUGUGGACGACGAGAACGACUUGUCAGGUAUUUAGUUGCUUCCUUAUCUCUUUCAGGCUCUUACAACCUUCAAUCACAGCAUUAAAUUUGUGAGAAGAGAAUGAAAGGGUGCAAAACAUGUUCAACUGGUGUCAUUGAUUGUCUUUUUGCACCACCUACAGCGUAUAAACGCAAGUGACGUCAAGUGACAUGGAGACGGAUGUUUUCUCCAGCUACAAAGGAACGAGUUGUCUUAAGAUUCCCCCACAAUCUUCUCCUCGUACGGAUAGCCAUCAACAUUCCACUCCCAUAACAAACAAUUUGGCCAGGCGCGUAUUUCAUGGCUAGUUUCGUGCCUCCAACGGCAAAACAUGUGGCGUGGGACCUUCGGGCACGACACCGGCCGGGUUCAAAAUGGUCAAACUCACGAAAUAAUGGUUCUUGAUAUGCUCAAAACUGGUGGUGUCCUUGAAAGCCGGCACGGUCCAAUACAAGUUCCUCAACCAUUUGUGGAUGUUAGGGUAUUGAUACCGAAUCAUGCCCUUGUUCGUCUUGAAAAGAGACACGUAGACCGGGUCGAAUCGGAUCAUGGUGACAUACAACCGAAUAUCUGCCUCUGUGAUCUCGGCACCGAAAUAGUAAGGUCCAGGACUGCUACGUGAAGCAAGAUGAGAUUCGACCUUGUCCAAAUGAUUGAACAAAUUGCUGACGGCUUCGUGAUACACUUCUUGUGUUUUG